UGUCACCACAUAAGAAAGCCAAAAUUGGACGAUUCUGCAAAACCCCAGAUUACAUCCAAGGUUGUUGAGAGCAGCGAGCGGAGAUACCGGUCUGUUAUCUGGGGUCCAACCUGCGACAGCUUUGACAAAGUACUUGACAACUACUGGAUUCCUGAGUUGCGUGUGGGGGACUGGCUUCUCCUCGACAACAUGGGUGCUUACUCUGUCAGUUUGGCGUCUGACUUCAAUGGCUUUGAAAGAGCGCACAUUUACCCUGUUGUGACAGCUGAGACCUGGCACUCCUUAAACCUUUCUCACACCUUCAACUACCGUUAAUGAUCUGGUAACACUUCUGUUGGACAACAGCGCAAUAAUUGUCCUCUUAUGGAUAUUUUGUAACGUAAAUUAAUAUCUCUGCACCCGCAAUCCACCAUAGGAUACUUUUCUUCCAGUUAAAAAUGACAUUUGUGAAUUUUUGUUAUAUAAUCAUCCACUGUAGGGUUUCUG